AUGCGUUUCCAGACAUUCCUUUCGGCUGCAAUCAGUCUCGCCGUCGGCAUCAAUGCCUACUGGCUCGAAGAUGUACAACACCAGGGCGUUGCACCCUUUGCAGGUGCUGGCUACACAGUCUUCCGCAAUGUAAAGGACUACGGUGCCAAAGGUGAUGGAUCUACCGACGACACUGCCGCCAUCACGGCCGCUCUCCUCGCCGGCAACGACCGCUGCCUUCAAGGAUGUGCAUCGACUACUACCACUCCGGCAGUGGUAUACUUUCCAGCUGGAACAUACAUCAUCUCAACGGCACUCCAACCCCCAUACUUCACCCAGCUGAUCGGUGACCCGACGAACCGCCCAGUCCUGAAAGCCACCAGCGGCUUCCAAGGCUUUGGGUUGAUUGAUGGCAACCCAUACUUCACGGGUGACUUGAACUGGGUCUCGACCAAUGUGUUCUACCGCCAGAUGCGCAACUUUGUCAUUGACACCACUGCUAUCGCACCGGGUACUGCCGCGACUGGCAUGCAUUGGCCCACAUCGCAGGCGACCAGUUUGAUCAACAUUGAAUUCAACAUGCCCACGGACCCUAGCACCGUCCAUGUCGGUUUGUUCGUUGAGAGUGGCUCUGGUGGCUUCAUGAGCGACUUGACCUUCAAUGGUGGUGCUACAGGAGCUUCCAUUGGAAACCAACAGUACAGCAUGCGAAACUUGGUGUUCAACAACUGCCAGACUGCUAUUAUCCAGCUCUGGGACUGGGGUUGGACCUACAUGGGCUUGAAGAUCAACAACUGUGGAGUGGGAAUUGACAUCACCGCUAAAGACGGCGACGCCCUGAACGUUGGCUCGGCUAUCCUAAUCGACAGCACUAUCUCUAACACGCCCAUUGGUAUCAAGACUGCGUACACCGCAAGCACUACGCCCGAUACCGCUGGGAGUCUCAUCCUAGAGAACCUCAGCCUCACUAAUGUCCCCGUCGCCGUUCAGGGGCCAAGCGGAACACUACUCGCGGGCGGGUCCACCACUAUCGCAGGAUGGGGUCAAGGCCACGAAUAUGUGCCCAACGGGCCUGGUGAAUUAUCGGGACCCAUCACCCCUAACACUCGUCCCGCUGUCCUUACUGGCGCCGACGGCUACUACUCUCGAUCAAAGCCCCAAUACGAAACUCUUUCCGCGUCCGACUUCGUGAGCGCGCGAGCUUCUGGUGCCAAGGGUGAUGCCUCGACAGAUGAUACCGCUGCCCUGCAAUCCGCCAUCAACAGCGCAGCCAACGGAAAGGUGCUCUUCCUCGACUAUGGUCUCUACAAGGUCACCUCGACCCUCAGUAUCCCCGCAGGCACCAAGAUUGUGGGUGAGGGAUACCCCGUGAUCAUGGCCCAGGGCAGCUUCUUCGGUGACAUGAGCAACCCGAAGCCUCUCCUGCAGGUUGGAGCCACUUCUGGCACGGCUGGCCAAGUUGAACUGUCCGACUUCGUGGUUGGUACCCAAGGAGCGGCACCCGGGGCUACUCUCAUAGAAUGGAACCUUGCCUCCUCAUCUGGCACACCAAGCGGCAUGUGGGACGUCCACGCUAGAGUUGGUGGCUUCAGCGGCUCUAAUCUCCAAGUCGCUCAAUGCGUGAAGCAGCCGGGAUCCAGCGCUAUCAACUCAGCUUGCAUUGGCGCGUACAUGCUGAUGCAUGUCACCCCCCAAGCUUCCGGUCUCUACAUGGAAAACACCUGGUUUUGGACUGCCGACCACGACAUUGAGGACGCCAGCAACACCCAGAUUACUGUGUACUCUGGAAGAGGCCUGUAUAUCGAAUCAACGGUCGGAACCUUCUGGCUUAUUGGCACAGCUGUUGAGCACAACGCUCUCUACAACUACCAGUUCGCCAACACCAAAAACGUCUUCGCCAGCAUGUUCCAGACCGAGACCCCUUACUACCAGCCGACACCGAAUGCUCUUACGCCAUUCCCCGCUGUCGCAUCCCUGAAUGACCCUGACUUCACCACAUCCUGUAGCGGAGUGGCCGGCAACUGUGCCGACGCGUGGGGUCUGCGCAUCAUCAAGUCGACCGACUUCUUCAUCUACGGCGCGGGACACUACUCCUUCUUCAACAACUACAGCACAGACUGCUCGACCGUCGAAGCCGGCGAGACCUGCCAGUCGCGCAUCGUGUCGAUCGAGAGCUCGUCCAACAUCAACAUAUACGGCCUCAACACCAUCGGCUCGCUGAGUAUGAUCGACCGCGACGGCACGAGCCUGGCCAAGUGGUCCGACAACGUCAACACGUUCGCCUCCAACAUCAUGCUCUUCCGCACGGGCUAG